AUGUUUCGUAUCGCCAUAAUAGGUGGAGGUAUUGGUGGACUUUUUACCGCUCUAUCCAUCCACAGCCAUUGUGAAUCAAAAGAUGUACAAAUCGACAUCUAUGAACAAGCAACUGAAUAUAGAGAGAUCGGGGCAGGGGUGGGGAUCGGCCCAAACGCUGCCAAGCUUAUUGAGAAGCUCGGACUGAUGGAUGAAGCGCUGAAGAUUGCUGGUGAUCGGAACGGCGUCUGGCUUACAUUUCGCCGAUAUGAUACUGGGUCAGAGGUGCUCACCGUCAAGGGCCCUACGCAGGGAAACAGAACCCAGUUGCCGAUGCACCGGGCAGAAUUCUUGGAGAUACUUGUCCAGGCUAUCCAGAACCAAGGGGCAGCGACCAUGCACACAAAUAAGCGAUGUCAAAGGAUUGAGGACCGAGAGGACAUGAUGUUGGUGACAUUUGCAGAUGGUACGACAGUUUCCCCUCAUCUUGUCAUUGGAGCCGACGGUAUCCAUUCGGCCGUUCGUUCGCAUUAUGUGCGAGACUCGCCACAAUAUGGCGGGAUGGUCGUUUACCGUGGGCUCUGUGACAUAUCGAAGAUCCGAGAUCAAUGGACAAUUGAUACAUUUUCGGCAAUGUUUAUUGCGCCCGGAAAACACUUCCUUACAUUUCCAAUCAGCAGAAACAAGAUAUUGAACGUCGUUGGGUUUGUCUCAACGCCAUGGGAGAAACUCGGGGAUGUAAAGGAGAGUUGGACAUUGGCAGGUGAUAAGUCUGAAGUCGAGCAAGAAUUCAAAGAGUUUGCCCCUGUUGUACAAGCAGUGAUCGAGAAUAUGAACACUAAUCCCCUGAAGUGGAUUCUGUUUGAUAGACAGCCGUCGCCAGAAUGGAUCUUCUCGAAAGGCAAGGUUGUCCUGCUAGGCGAUGCAGCUCAUGCAAUGUGUCCUCAUCAAGGAGCUGGAGCUGGUCAGGCUCUAGAGGACGGUUACAUUAUCGGUCGUGCCCUGCAAGAGUACUUUCAUCUGCUCAAUUUACCCGGUUCUCGGAGCCUCCAAGAGUGCCUGCAGUUAUAUCAUUCUAUUCGGUUUGCGCGCUCGGAGAAAGUGCAAGCCACAUCUAGGCAAGCGGGAGAUCUGUAUGAAAUGAAGAUCCAGGAAGUGGCUGGGCUCAGCUAUGACGACGGCCUUCCCAUCGUGAAGGCCCAGAUUGAAGAUCGGAUGCAUUGGAUUUGGAACGAAGAUCUGGACGAAGUUUUUAACAAAGCUCGUUCAGAGUGGCUGGGAACUUCUGCGUCUAGUUAG